GUCUAUCGAUAGCAAAAAAACAAGCCAGUUGUCGAAACGUUCGUCUGAUGAUGAUUCUGAUUUGGAUGGUGAUGAGGAGGAAUUAUUUAAAAAUUCUACAAGCCAUGUAGCGAAGUCCACUUAUGGAAUGCAAUCAGCUACCUCGGAUGGCAGUCAGUCUGGAGACUCGACACGAACCGGGACUGUGCAGGAAUUUGACAGCCCUACUCCCGAGCGUCUUCAGAAAAGUUCCUUCAUGUCUGCAACCGGCAAAAUGGCUUCCGUUUCUAGUGGAAGCACUGCGCCGAUGUCGCUUACCGGAAUCAGCCGAAGCGGUCACUCUUCUGCCUUUACUGGAAAGAGUGACGGCAGUAGUGUUUCUGGCAGUGGAAGUUGGAAAUUAUCUACUGCGAGUAGGAGUACCGCUCCAAAUUCGGUCACGGGGGUUAGCGGAAGUGUUCCUUCAGCGAUCACUGGAACAAGUGAUGACAGCAGGGCUUUUGGCAGCAAAAGUUGGAAAUCCUCGAAUGCUAGUAGGGGUACCGCUCCAAACUCAAUAACCGGAAUUAGCGGAAGCGUUCCUUCUGGGAUCACUGGAACGAGUAAUGUUAGCGGCAGUAAAACUUGGAAGUCAUCGAAUGCAAGUAGGAAUACGGCUUUAGACGCGGAAACCGGGGUUGGUGGUAGCGGAGCCUCUUCUGCAUUUACUAGAGCAAGUGAACGAAGUGGUUCUUUUGGUAGCGGCAGCUCGAAAUCUUCGAGGUUGAGCCGGAGUGUUGUUCCAGCUUCGGUGACAGGGGUUAGCGGAAGCUUUGCACCCUCGACAUUUACCGGCACUAGCAACACAAGUUCACUGACCAGUGGGGGUACCAUGUCUUCAGGCGCCAGUAAUCACUCGACGCCGGUUUCGUUUGCUAGCGCCAGCAAAAGGGCCUCUCCAUCUUUUGUCAGUGCAAGCGGCGAUUCCUCCUUCAUCUCGGGCCCGGCAACCAAAAAUUCUGUUCGAUCGUCGUAUACCGGCGGGAGUCAGCAGUCAUCAAUGGCGACAGCUGCCUCAACGAAUAUCGGCAAAGGUUCUGUACCAUCGUCAGCUGGCGGCAGUAAUAUUAGUAGAAGUACUGCUCCGGCAUCUUUUGCCCAGGGAAGCCAACAGUCCUCUUUUUCUCGAGCAAGGAGCAUGCCAGUAUCCCUUGCCAGUGGAAGUGGUCAAUCGAACUACCUCUCCGGCAGCGCUGCUGCCUCAGAUGAGUUCAGUUUCAGAAGCUCCCGUUCAUCCCCUUCCAGUGCUGCUCGAGGCAGCACGGCCAAAGAUAUUGUGGUGGAGAAUCCUUGGAACUGGAGCAGAAGCAGUACCCCAUUGCGAAUGGAUAUGAUUAGACCGACUUUAGGCGGCACACUGAUGUUUGAAGAAAGCCUCAAAUCCGCUGGUUCUAGACAUACCUCUGAUGGAAGUAGCAAAAUUAAACUGAGAUCAAAUACUGAAAGAGAAUCAGCAGGAAGUGGUUUGAGAAGUUCGGGUACAAGUGCAAUGGAUAGCAGUUUUAGCAGACCAUCAUCACUCGCAACCGGUCAGAGAUCCACCCAAGCCAGCAAUAUGUCGUCGCUGAGUUCGGAUAGUCAACGCUCUUCAUGGGAAUCAAGUGCAGUGGACGGGAGUUUCAGCAGGCCCUCAUCACUUACAGGCGGUCAGAGAUCUACUCACGCAAGCCAGGUGUCACCAUUGACUUUCGACGACCAACGCGCUUCACGGUUAUCUGGCACUGGAUAUUCAGAAGUCGAUCGAAGGUCGACAUUCCCGGACAGUGUAAUCAGCGGCAGUAUCCCGAAACAAAGCACAAGGAGGAGCAUUUCACCACAAACCGGCAUUGAUCGAUCUAGCCUUGGCGAUAAUUCGUCUGUUCGAGACAGUUCGUUAAGAUCUGGUUCAUUUCGUUCCACGCAGCACGAAUUGGGCAGUAUAACUGAAAGCAGCGUCGCAAGUGGUGAGACACAUGCAGCUACCAUGAGGUCAACGAUGGGUUCUGCCAGAACAACCGGUAACUCAACAGAAUAUUCAGGGUCGAAAAUGUCUGGUGACCUAUCGGGAACGUCUCAAAGAACAAGCACAAGCAGCGCCAUUAGCGAAAUAGAUCCGAGACAUUCUACCUUCGGCACUGGAAUAGUCGGCAGCGGAACAGCGGUCCGGUCUGCCGCAACUAGCGGAAGCGCUGUUAGUCGCAAUUCGAGAUUGUCUAGUCCUAAAGAGUCAGAAGUUAUCAAUGAAACACGCGACACAUCAGCCACCUCAACCGUUGAUAAUCCUUGGAGAUGGAGCAAAACUAGCAGUCCAGUGCACAAAAGCGUGAUUCGUGAGACGCUUGGUGGGGAACUAGUACCUGAAUACCGAGGCGACUUCCCGCCAAAACGCACAUCGGUUUCCGCGGCAGAAGUACAACCUUUGUCUGAAAAAAGGAUGAGUCGACAAAGCACCGUCUCGGACCGACAGAGCCGUGUUAGCAUGGACACUGUGCCGCGCGGUAGCAGCGCUACUGGGCGGCAAAGUACACAGUCCAGUGGUAUGGUCGACAGUCGGCAGCGCAGUUUGUCAAGUGAACAUCGCGUUACCAGUGAAACUCGACAAUCCAGAUUUAGUGGAUAUGCCGACGUAGGAAUGAGUUCUUUGCCAGCGAAUUCAGUAGUUAGUGUCAUGAACGAACCAGUUAGAGACAAAUCUGUCAUACCGUCACGAACCAGUACCAGUGGUGCUGGAGAUGCAGAAAGCAUGCGUUUUAGUGGUUCUGACUCAGCCGGAAGCGAUAUUUCUAGUUCACAAGAGGCCUCUAAGCUGUCCAGUGAAAGCUUUAAAGAUUCAUUCAGGAAAUCUCAUGGCAUAGCACCCGCAGGUGAUGGAGUAACUGAGCCCGGAAGGCUAUUAAGCUCCUUUUCCCCUGGAGCUCCACUUAGUGCUUUUGAUCAGGCCACCACCAUGAGCAUCUUCCAGAAAGCAGAUGCCACAACAAGUAUCGCUCCUUCUAUUGAGAUGGGGGAUAAUUUGACCGAAAAAUCUACACAACGGUUAUCCACAGCAACGGGCGAACCGGUAGAGGUCACAACAGAAGUUCGCCGGACAACGGAAAAUUUUAUUGAUGCCGACGGCCAGAUUAAUUACAACUAUGAGCCGUUAGAAGUGGUGAGAGUUAGAAAACAUACUAAAACGUACUCCGAUGAGCAAUCAACUGAACCUAUCGAGGAAAUGGAACUUCGUAAAACGUCAAAGAAAUAUAUUAACCCAGCCGGCUCACAGUUAUUUGAGAUUCAAAUAAAGAAGAACGUACGCCGCAGUAAAAGUAGCAAUGGCAACGCCUCGUUCACCGCUCUGGGACCCACCCCAGCGAAACCGCGAAGCAAAAGUGUAGGUGAAGAAGAUACUGAAGAAGAACCAUUACAACGGCGACAGUCCGGCAAUGCAAAUACCGAAGGGAAACGGGGCACGGAUGGCAAGGCGGCUACAGCCGGUAAGAAAAAGAGCAAAAGGAAAACAGAUACGGAUGCAAAGGGUGACAAAGACGAAACUCCAAAGAAGGGGAAAAAAGGGCGAAAAAGCACGAAGCCGACAGGAAAAGGAAAGGGAGAUGGUAUGGACUUUGACGAUGGUGACGAUUGUACUAUAAAACCUAAGGAACGGGAGCCUAGUUUCAUAUCGUGGUUAUUGGGAAGAAACAAGAAGAAACCGAAAAACGUCGUGAAGAAGAAGGUGCGAGAUGCUGACGGGCAAGCUACUCCUCGUACCGCGCAGGAAAAAGUGGGAACUUCUGGGCCAUCGUGUCAACUGGAACUGGCUGAAGUACGAAGAGAAGCUGAGGCAGCUAAGCAGGCAGCCGAAAGGGCACAAGCAGAACUGCACAAGCUGGCCAGUGCCAGAGCGCCGGGAUGGCCGACCGCCGGACCGGUAUGUAGACUCGGCCAGCGACGAACAGUCGACGAAGUGCAUAUGCGUGCCGAUGACCAGUACGAUGCCUGCGCACUGCCGGUUGCCAGAUUGAAACCGGAUCAUCCCACCCUGACCAGACCGAUGACUGCGGAAGAACAAAAGUGUGAAUUCCGUAGGAGAAGGGAGGAGUGUGAAAGAGCCGGCGGCAUGUGGCUUCCUUUAUGUGGCGCAGAUGAACCCGUAUGCGAUGCCCGAGCACAGGUAGCUGAAAUAAAGGAUCGCAUUAUGAUGAAGUUGAGCGAGAUCCAGAGUGUGAUGAACGAGACAUGCGAACUGCGUAUGGAAUGCCAACAAAUAUGUGAGAUACUGAGCGAAAAACGCUGUUGUUACGAGGAGCUUGUAGGAAGACAUGCAAAGGUCAACGAUAUUCUAUCACGUGAAUUCGCACACAAAGAUGAGGUUCAGAUGGAAAUGGAUGAUUGCGAAACGCUGUUGCUGCGACUUGAAAGCUGUCAUCCGGAACUCGAAUGCCCACCGAGCUGGCAACGGCAAGAGUUGGAUUACCGGGAUCGCUAUUUGUACCACAUGCAGCGGCUGGCACACGAAGGAUUCGAAUCAUUAGAAGGAUACGCACAACUUCAUGACGCAAUGUUAUACGACAAAAUCAGCAUUCUGAAAAACUGGCAUCAGCUAGCGCAGGAUUACUUAGAAGAAACACAGUGCUUGACAGAAUCCCAGAAUAAAGCGAAGCAAGCAUUUAUCGCCGCGACCGCAAAAUACAAUCGGAAUAAAACAGUCCGCGAUCAGCUUUCCUCGGAUUUGGUAUCUUUGCAAGAUCAAACGCAACGGGAGAUCGCUUUGGCUACUAUGGAAGACCAGAACGAACGCCAGGAAGAUCAGAACCGGUUGACCAAAUACAGAGACCAUUUGCAGCGGUGUUUAAUCACCCGAGAUUUGAAAUAUGAAGCAGUGCUGGACGCCAAAGACACCUUAGUCACCUGCAUGAAGGAGAUCAUUCAGACUUUGCAGGUAUCCCACCUUUCUCUGGACGCGUCAGGAAUGGAUGCAAUGAAAACCUUUGAUGACCUCUUGGAACUAGGGAAAGAUCGGCGAUUGUCACACGGUACAAGCAAACUGCUGGCUGCGUUACCCCCGGAGUCAGAUUACGCCGACCAUUUAGAGCGGAUUCAAAAAGUCUUGACUGAUUACGUUGACUGUAUGAAAAAGAUCGAGGCACGCCGAGAAGAAUUGUUAAGGCAACGGACAGAGCUGGUUGGUGACCCGGAUCCGUUGGUCCUACGCAGUAGUUCAUCCGAUUAUCAAUGUCAAUGCCCUUGUCCAGAGGAGUAAACGGUUUGCGCAUCAGGUGGACAUCUUGCUUACCUAUAUGUGCACUUUUAACUGUUUUGACUUUUGCUUGCUCGUUUUCUUUGUUUGUUUUUGAAGUUUACGCGUUCAUAACUCGAUCUGGUUUCAUUAGAUUUUAUUUUAAUAUUUCUUACUUUUCGUUAUAUUAAGAUAGUUAUUAGAUACCUUAAUGUUUUUUUUCGCAUACUCUUUAAUGUGUUUUAAGUGACGGGAUUGUUUUUGUGAGACAAGAUUCGGUAUCAUGACUGACAAUCACUGUAUCCUUAGUCUGAAGGUUAAAGUACUUAAUGUGCAACUCAAGCAUAAAAUGCCA